AUGAAGGUCGUCGGCCUCCUCUCCGGCGGCAAGGACAGCUGCUACAACCUCUGCCAUGCCGCCAAGCAGGGCCACACCCUCGUCGCCGUCGCCACGCUCGCGCCGCCCGCCGGCAAGGAUGAGCUCGAUUCGUACAUGUAUCAGACCGUCGGGCACGAUGCGGUGCAUCUCGUGGCGCAGGCACUCGACGUGCCGCUCUACCGCCACGUCAUCGCCGGCAGUGCGCUGAACCAGUCUUCCUCGUACGGCUCUCGCCUGCCCUCUGCGAGCGGCUCCUCGAGCGAAGGCGCAGCAGACGAGACGGAGGACCUGCUGCUGCUGCUGCAGCAAGUCAAGCGCGCGCAUCCCGACGCAGAGGCCGUCUCGGUCGGGGCGAUUCUGAGCAACUACCAGCGCGUGCGCGUCGAGCACGUGUGCCUGCGCAGCGGCAUGCGCCUCUUGCCGCUGGCGUACCUGUGGCAGCGCGACCAGCGCGAGCUGCUGCGGGAGAUGUGCGAGGCGGAUGUGCGCGCCGUGCUCAUCAAGGUGGCGGGCAUUGGCCUGGAUGAGAGACAUCUGGGCAAGACGUUGGCGCAGGUACGCCCGACGCUGGAGAGGCUGAACGAUCGCUACGGCAGCCAUAUCUGCGGCGAGGGCGGCGAGUACGAGACACUGACACUCGACUGUCCGCUCUUCAAGAAACGCAUCAUCCUGGACGAAGUGGAGACGGUGCUGCAUGCAGACAGCAGCUUUGCCAGCGUCUCCUACCUGCGUGUCAAGCGCGCACAUCUGGAGGACAAGGAGGCGGGCGCCACGACGCUGGCGGACGUCAAAGUGCCGCCCAUGCUGGACUGGCUUGGAGAGAGCACUCGUGCCGCUGCCGCAGCCGUGCCCGAGAACGUGCAGUUGAGCCAGGCAGCUCCCGACUCAGCCACAGCGCCGAGCGGCAUGACGGUGGCGCAGCGAGGCGCGUGGGUGGCAGUGGGCAACGUCACUGCCAGCUGCUGCGGCUCGGCUUCUGGCUCCCUGUCGUUCGAAGAGGAAGUCUGCUCCGCCUUUGCUCGUCUUUCCGAUGCACUAGCAGCGCAUCACCUCUCCCUCGCGCAUCUGGCACACCUCAACCUCUCCCUCGCCUCGCAGGCCGACUUUGCGCCCCUCAACGCCCUCUACGCCCGUCUCUUCGGCAGCGAUCCGCCGAGCCGCGCGUGCAUUGCCCUGGACGACGUGCCGGGAGGCGCGCGCGUCACGAUCGAUGCGGUGGCGAUGGAUGAUGGAGUGCGCUAUGCGGAUGGAGUCCCGCAGGGGAAACCGAAUAGGGAGCGCAGAGUGACGCACGUCCAGGGACGGAGUUACUGGGCGGCUGCAAAUAUCGGACCGUACAGUCAGGCCGUCAAAGCCGACGGACGCAUCUUCAUCGCGGGCCAAAUCGGCCUCGUGCCCACGACUCUCGAGCUGGCCGAUGAUGAGGCAACACAAAUUGCCCUCUCGCUUCAACACGCACGCCGUGUCUUCCACGUAGCGUUGGAGAUGAGAGCCGCCACGCAGCGUGGCUGGAUCGAGGGCUGCAUUUGCUGGCUUGAGAGUCCUGCUCCUGGCGCAGAGGCUCAGGCCGGCAGACGACUGGAAGCGGCACGCGACGCAUGGCAAGAGCAAGACCCCUUCGUGCGAGGCGAUGAGAAUGACGAGGAGCAUGAGCCGAGCUGGAAUGCGCAGUGGCUGGGCGCAGACUUCGCUGUAGACCAGAUGCCAACAGUCUUCGCAUUUCUCCCGCACAAGGCACUGCCACGAGGAGCGUGCGUAGAGUGGCAGCUGACCGGCCACGACGGGACCAGAUCGCAUGACGCUGCUCCCGACGAGGACGCCGAUAAAUUCGGCUACGAUGACGACGACGAUGACGAGGAGGAGCCAGGGCCAGUCCGUGGGGGAGGUGAGCUCCUGCCGUCUCUCUUCACAUUGUGA